AUCAGCAGUGGUAUAACUUUCGUUUACUAAAGCAAACCGAAGAAAUGUUUUGACUUAUUAAAUAUCAUAAUUCGAAGUUUUUAAUGAACAAAAUAAAGCUGAUAACUAAUCACUAUGAAUCCGUAUAAGGAUUUGGAAGAUAAUUCAUUUUCUGCUGCUCCUCAUCUGGCUUACGAGGAUAUAGCAACUAAAUUGUUAAAAGAUCACUUCUUCUUGACGGCGUUAGAACUUCAUACGGAGUUGGUUGAAAGUGGGAAAGAACUUCCGCAGUUACGAGAAUUUUUUUCGAACCCUGGAAAUUUUGAACAACAUGUUUCAAGAGCAUCAGAAAUGAUUUCCAUGCAUCGUACACCUAGCAUAGCAACACUAGAUUCCCUGGAUACAGCAAGAUAUUCAGAGGAUGGAGGGGGUGAUAGAGCAGGAAGUGGUGGUGAUAUAGCUGUUCUAGAGUUUGAGUUACGGAAAGCAAAAGAAACCAUCAACUCCCUGAGAGCAAACCUUACUCAGUUUGCUGAUGGGGAGUCAACUUUAGAUAAAAGUGUAAAAGAUAACUUUAAUCAAAAAUCACUUAAGCCACAUGAAAGAAGGGCUCUUAAUUUUUUGAUAAAUGAAUACUUGUUACUUCAAGAUUACAAAUUGACAAGUAUAACAUUUUCAGACGAAAAUCCUGAUCAGGAAUUUGAAGAUUGGGAUGAUGUUGGUCUAAACAUGCCCAGGCCACCUGGUUUAAUACCUUUAUUUAGGGGCAGUAAUACUAUAUUGAAUCCACCUAAGUGUGAUGCUGCCACACAGUAUGACAGUGAUUAUUUUUCUGAUGCUGAGUGUCAGACAGAAGGCGAUGAUAAUAUUUGUGUUAGUUGUCAGACCUCUUUUGAACACGAAACUGAUUUGAAUCAUGAGUUACUCAUACAAGCUGAAGAAAUAAAUCUUUUGAAGCAAAAAAUAAUCGCAUUAGAAACUGAAAAAUUAAAUUUUCAAAAAUUGUAUGACGCUGCUGUUGUGAGUCUUAAUUCGUUAACAAGUCCAAUGUCGGAGAAACAAAGUAUAGAACUUCAAAUUCCAAGUGAAAAGCUAAAUUUGAUAAGAGAACCUGAAGAUCAGAGACCCAUUACUUGUAUGGCAUCGGAGAACCAUUAUGGCAGCAGUAAUUCGACGCAUAGUGCUACGCCUGAUCAGUUUGAAAUGAUCGAAAAUGAAAAACAUUGUUCAUCGAUUAAGAAAGAAGGUUCUAAUACAAGUUCUUUCGAGCCAGCAUUGGUCGAUAACAGCGGGAGACCCACUCCAACCCGUAGAGGCAGCGUGAACACAUUGGAUGAUACGCUCAGUAUGAAUGAUGCAGAGUGGACGCGGCUGCAUUAUGAAUAUAAUGCUCUGGAUAGCUCAAAGGAAAUGUGGAUUGACAGCGCGAUUCCAAAUAGCUUAAAGGAGUCGUUAUUAAACUGGUGCAAUGAAUCCCUUGAAGUCAAUGAACCACUCUCGAACGAUCUUCUGACAGAUUUAGUGAACAAUGAGAAACCUGUGGUGUUGCCAGCGCUGUUGCAACUCGUUGCUGAUACAUUACCAAGGAUCCUACCGCACAUAUUAAUAGGCCGUCGGAGUGAGUCCGCUGCAUUAUUAUCUGCCGCGAUUAUUCUUCUGCCACCCGCAGAUACGCGAAGGGCGAAAUUGUUACAUACUCUUCUUACGCUAUUUAAAAAACCCGACCCGCCGGAUGCAAAGAUUAUAUGUGAAGCUACCUGCCUCAUAGUAAAAUGGGGUGGGAGCGGCGAAGUACUAUCGUCAAUAGCUGAACUUUUAGCCUCUAGAUCAACUGAACGUCGAGUUUUGGCAAGUCAAAUAUGCUUGGCCAUUGCCCCAUAUGUCCCUAUAGAACUCUGCACCUCUCUACUCCUGAGUUUAGUUGGACUUAUGUGCGAAUCGACUGAAAUCGAAAUACGAUCUUUGGGCUUAAAAUCAGCUUGCUUGAUCUGCCCUAUAGCAGAGCAUAAGUAUGGGCAGAUGGAGAAUAUUUUGUUCACUUUUCUAAGGGAUCCGGUGGAUUUAAUUGUUAAGGAUACAGUGAGGGUCUAUGUUCCGGUAUUGGCCAGGACUUCGCUUAUAGCUGGAAAAUUCACUUCGUCCCUAUAUUCCCGUACAAUUUCAAAUUUAGUGAAAUCUACAAAUGAUGGUGAAUGGAAAGAUGUCCUUCUAUACUUAAACAUACUAAGAUCCCUAGUGUUGGCGAAAUUAGUAUAUGUUAUUAACGUACAAAUAGUUAAAGAUAUAAUAAAAAUGGACUGUGAUAAUUUGCAAGAAGUAUUAUUGUGCGAGGAUAGCUUUAUGGAUGUACAGUGUUAUGCGAGUGAAAGAGAUGCAAAGACAUUGUUGGUGGCUGUGAACUCUCUCUUAAAAGAGAAUUCGGAUGUUAGAUGGACCGAGUUGGAGUGGUUUGUGAAUGCAGUGAAGCAAAUACUAGAAAUUAUGACAUCAAACAAAAUACUAAAUCAUGCGGCAGUUUAUGAAGAUUUAAUAAGUUUAUUUAGUAGUUACGUGUACAAUUUCGGCGUUCGCUUCACAAGUGAAAUAUUAAAGCCGAUAUUUUUUAAUACACUUAAUGAAUUGGAAAAUAAAUUGGAGAAAUUACAUACAAUAAAUGUUGACAGCUGUAUCGUUGUGGGAAUAUAUUUAGUUACAAUUUUACCUACGACAGAGAGUUCGCAACAAGAGGAAUUCUUGCAAAAGUGGGUCACCUACAGCAGCAUACGAAGUCUUCCAGCAAAAGUUCUAUCAAUACCGCUAAAAUGGCUGACCAAGCACCGGCCAGACGUUUUAGACUUUUAUUUGCAGUGCCUUCAAAAAUUUACAGCGACAUCUAGCGCAAGUAUUCGGAUUUUUACCGCGUCUCUUCUAAGUGAGCUUCUUAACACGAGUAACGUCAGUGACGCCUGCCUUGAAGCACGGAUGUUGCCAACAAUCACUGCGUUGCUAUAUGAUGAGGACACAUCAGUACGCGAAGCAGCAAUAACCGCAUGGGGAAGUGUCGCUAGGGGCUGCGUCGUUCGUGGGCUUUCAGAGUCUAGUGCGUCCAUACAUUCCCUCUGCUGGCCUCCGUUUGAAGAAUUGUUCAAUACUCGGCCCUUGACAAGUCGGGAAAGUGCGAAGGCGGCGGAAGCUUUAACACUCUUAGUACUGCCUACAGUGGAAAGUCAUGCAGUGUCGGAAAAAGCCGUAUCGCUACUCUGCGGUCUCUGCUAUCGGCAGCUAUCCGCCGAGUGUUUAUCCGCACUAACGCCAGGGUUACAACUCGCCGUGCACCACUGUUCGCAUCAUCCUGCAUUGUUACCGGCUUUACGAAAACUUGAAGAAACCGUCCAAUCACAAUCAUCGUUAAUGCAGUUCAAGCCCGCAAUAGAAGCCCUACUUCACGUGGUGAGUAAUGAACCAAUUCCUUCACCUCGUCCACCAUCGAACCUGCACACGGCACAGGAAGUGGGCAGGCGCAUGACGCAGAUGUUCCAGCAGUCGAAAACUAAUAUCAAUAUACCAAAUAUAUUCAAAAAGAAAACGUAGUGCGUUAUGUCAUUUUUGACAUCUGUCAACUUGACAUCUGUCAACGUUUGGUAAGAGUGAAUAGGAUUAUAUUUUUUUAAGAUGGAAAUGGAAUAUGUAUAAAGCUCUAAAUUUGCAUAACGUGAUAAGAGGGGUUACUCUGUAAAAUUUAAAUCGAUUGGAAAUUUACUGAAUGGUACGAACACUUGAUAAAAAUAAGGAAUUGGAACUCGAGUUGGAAGUUACGGGGUAAGCCUGCUGCUAGUAGUAUUUAGUUUAGGUUUGCAGCUAAACCCUAUACCUAAGAAGAGCUUAGAAAAAAAAUACCUAUAUUUUACUAAUUAACUAAAUAUAUGAAAUAUGGUAAAAUUAAUCACAAUUUAAAGCUAAGAAGAUUUUUAACUGUACUUGAAAUUAAUUAAUACUCCUUUUUAUUAAUUGUUUUUUUUUAAUUUGUCACAUUCCAAUGCAUGCAAAUUAAAGAUGUACUUAAAUUAGGAAUAUUAUAUUAUAGUACAAAUGCAAUACUUAAUAGUUUGUAAGUAUAUAAGAGUUAGUUUUGAUUGUUUUAUCUUGAAUUAAGUUUAAAAAACCGUUUAUUAAUGUGGAACCUUGUCAAAAUAAAAAUAACACGGCUUUAACGUAUUAAAGUUGUUUUUCUUAAUGAAAUGGCACAGAGGCUGAUUUUAUAUAUCAAUAAAAAAACUAAUUGCCUAAAUGCAGGAAUACAAGUGUCAAAAAUUAUUAAAAAAAAAUGAGUGUACACACGUAAGAGAAAUUUUUUAUGACUUUAUUUUUCGAAAAAUUACAAACAGACAUUAGUUAAAUAAAGUUGACAAAAGGCUUUUAUUAUCAUAGACAUUAAUACAAUUAUUUCUUACCUUAUUACUACUCAGGUCAUUACAGAAUUUCAUUAAUUGUAAUAGAAUUAUUUCUAUCAUUAUUAUCGUUAUUGUAUAGUAUUAUUCACUUCGAAUCAACCGUGGUAGGGACAAGAAAAAGAUGGCGCGUAACAAAAAAAAGUGACGCGUAACCGAAAAUGUGACGGCAAUUUAUUUUUCCACGGCCGAUAAAGAUGUUUUACUUCAAAAAAUUUUUUUUCGAAUUUUGACUUCGUUUUUUUGGUUGAUAUUUGUUUUUUAUUUGAAAAUAUAUUAGUGCUACCGGCAUUUUUUUAUAACGCGACUUAUCAGGGAAUACUAUCAUGGGGCUUCUAAACGGGCCAUGUUUUUCUGCAAUUGAUGGCUGCACUAUUGGCAAUUAAUUGUCCGGCCAUCACAAAAAUGUUUUAAUGCAGAUGAUGGCCGAGCAAUCUAUGGCCGGGCCAUGUGUUGCAAUAUGUCAGCAAUAGUAUGGCCCAUGAUGCAGACUCCUAAACGGGCCACACAUACCGGCAACAAUGGCUGAUGAAAUCACACUUGUCGCAGCAGCUUAUAUUAAUUUUAAAAGAACAGAAAAAGGAGAUUAAGGAUUCGACCUUAUUUAAAUAGGCGUGAAACUGUAGACAAUUUGAGUCUAGCAGUAAUAAGCCUUGAUAAUAAAUUAUUCAAUAACUUGGCUAGAAUUUCAAAAGGCGACUUUGACUUUCUCUUAAACAAAAUUGGACCAAAAAUAAAAAGAAAUGAUACAAACAUGAGAACAGCAAUACCUGUUUCAUCGCCAUCACGAGAUUUGCGAUAACUCUACGGUUUUUGGCAACAGGAGAUUCAUUUAAAAGUUUUAUGUACCUGUUCCGAGUGUUAGAUUUCAACUUUUAUACAAGAGGUGUGUACAGCUAUUAUAGAAGGAUUAAAAUAAUACAUCAAGAUGCCGUCAGGAGUAACAGAAUGGAAACAAGUUGCAAAAGAUUUCGAGGGAAGAAGUUCAAUUUAUCAAUCGAUAUAUAACAUACGUAAUACAGAGAUAUGUACAUUUAUAAUGACUAAAAUAUUUUAUUAAAGAUACUUACGUUAGAAGUUUUCAUUUUCACUAUGUAAUCCUAUAUUCGUGGUAUUUUGAGUAAAGAGAAACGAUAUCGCAUCUUAAGCAAACCACUUUACUGUUUUACCGCCAGCACUACCACUUUCCUUCUUUUUCUCCUCAUUAUUUGCGUAAGUUUUCAGCGAUUUCAUUCCAUGCAUCUUUUUUAGAAUUUCUAUCUUUUUAUGAGCCGGUUUUUAUAUCCCACAACUCGGGGUGCAAAUGUAUUUCUUCAAUAAAAUCAGUAAUUGUCUUGUUAGACCAGUAACUAUUUUUACGUAGUUGUCAAAAUCCAGCUGAUCGCAAAACACAGAAUAUAGCAACAGGCACACUUCACUCAUAGCAAACUUCAUGUCGCGUAGAAAAGGAUACACUAUGCCAUAACAAAGAGAGUGACUGAAACAACAAUAGAACUGGCUGUGCAAUAUUGCAGUUGAAUUCGAUAGCCUAGCGAUCGUUCGGCAACCCAUCGGGGCCAUAUCGGCCAUAAGUGGCUACACAAAACAUGUUUGGCUAUAUGGCCGGGACAUUACUGCAACAUUGCAUAGUGUGGCUGACAUUGUUUGCAAUGUUGCCGGGCCAUGUGUUGCAGCCAUCAAUUGCAGCAAAACAUGGCCCGUUUAGAAGCGCCAUCACAAUGAUGAAAUCAGCCUUAGUGUAACAUGUUUACUUCUAAAAUAAUAAUUUAAGAAAAAUGUGUAGAGGAUGCCUGAAAGAAAGAAAUUGAUCUUCGUUAGCCUGGUGCUAAAAUUGUGCUUCCUUAUAUUUUUUAGACUUGCAACAAUUAUUCGAUAGUCCGAAUACUUUCUAUUCGGCCAUUUUUUGAUUGUACCAAAAUAUUUAAAUAUUUUAUCAUGUCAUAUUAACUGGAGAUUUUACGGUGUCUAUUAAAAAAUAAUCAGAAUCAAAUCUUUAUUCUAACUCUUAACACAUUGAAUGCUUAAACAAUGGAUACAAAGUAAUAGCCGGAAAUCACAACUUUUUAUGACGAAUUAUGAUUAAGAUGAAUGUUUGAAAAUAUGUAUGAAUGUAUAUUAUUUAUAUCAAAACAUUUCCGAGUUGUCAGCAUAGAGGCACUUCGGGUGCCGAAUACUCGGAUCCGAGAUAGGCACCGCUACUAACCCACUCGGAUCCGAGUAAAUAGCACUUAACGUGUUAACUGAACACAUCAUAUGUGGCUCCCAUAGCAAAUACGAAACAGGGGUUUAUUUUAUUGAAUAUAAAUCAUUGGUUGAGAAAUUUAAUAGCCCUGCAGGAAGCCUAUCCAUCUGACACUCGGUUAAUGGAUGAAUAGACACGCAAAAGUGGAAUAUGUCAAGUUUGAAUGUUGUGUUGUAUGUUGUAUGAUAUAUAUAAUUAGUUACUAUGAAUCUCAUAUUAAAUAGAUCUUAUUAGGCUAAUAAACGGUUCGUAAUGGCUUCCAGUCCUAUGUAAAGAAAUCUGUGAAUUAAUUGGUAUAUAAAAUUAAAAAAAUAUGCGUCUAUGUCACUACGUACACACGUCACUAUCUAUCUAUCGAACCUUGCAGCUAUAAUAAGGAAAAUAAUGUCUUUGUUGUAAUUCUUUUUUAAUAAUUGCAAGUAUUUAUUACGUUCCUAAUGUCAGGCACUAUCUGUCGUUUCUUAUUUACCAUGCAAUGCUUUAUUGAUUGUUGUAAUGUUAUUGAAUUAGUAAUAUAUUCUAUACAUCAAUUUUAUUUAUGAUACAAAGUUAGGUUGUGUUAAUAAAUAUAUGUUUUAGAACAAA